AACGAGAAGUUUCCUUUCAUUUUUCUUACCACCGGAGGAGAAGUAGUUCGUGGAAACGCCAGUAACGAACGAGAUCUAGCACGGACCGACGAGGACCCGUAGUGUGGUGUAGAGAAAGGAGACGAGCUUUCACUGAACCCCCCCUAGAAGAAAGAAGGAUUCAGCAUCGAUCGAUCGAAGAAGAUGAACAUUUUCAGAUUAGCAGGUGAUAUGACUCACCUCGCCAGUGUCCUCGUCUUGCUCCUCAAGAUCCACACCAUCAAAUCCUGCGCUGGUGUGUCAUUGAAGACUCAAGAACUCUACGCAAUCGUCUUCGCUACGCGUUAUUUGGAUAUUCUCACGAGCUUUGUCUCUGUGUACAACACCUUCAUGAAGUUGGUCUUCUUAGGAAGCUCCUUCUCGAUUGUUUGGUACAUGAGGUAUCAUAAGGCUGUCCAGAGGACUUACGACAGGGAGCAAGAUACCUUUCGCCAUUGGUUCCUCGUGCUUCCUUGCCUUCUCUUAGCUCUUCUCAUUCACGAAAAGUUUACCUUUCUUGAGGUACUGUGGACGUUUUCGUUGUACUUGGAGGCUGUUGCUAUAUUACCUCAGCUUGUCUUGCUUCAAAGGACUAGAAACAUUGAUAACUUGACUGGGCAGUACAUAUUUCUCCUUGGGGGGUACAGGGGAUUGUACAUCCUAAACUGGAUCUACCGUUACUUCACUGAGCCACACUUUGUUCACUGGAUAACAUGGAUCGCGGGGCUUGUUCAGACAUUGCUCUAUGCCGACUUCUUCUAUUACUAUUUCCUAAGCUGGAAGAACAACAAAAAGCUCCAGUUGCCAGCUUGAUUUCUCAAUUUGCGAUGCUCGGAAACCCUUCGGAGAUUCAGUUUGGUGCCUGGAUACAAUAUCUGCCGGAAAGUUUACUAGUUUACUCUGUUGGUAGUUAGUGGAUGAGACGAGCAUAGAUUAUAUGUAAACUCCAGCGAUCUAACUUGUUACACUUUUUUGAACUUUUUCGUGUCUCAGCUUUUGUUAAGUGUUACUAAAAUAUUUCGACAGGACAAAUCUUGCAAGUAUAACUA